GCGUUCCGGCAGGCCGACUUCACGAAAAGCGGAGGUGUCACUUGCAAAGAGUUCGCUUUGUGGUUUGCGGCUUUUGGCUUCUCGAAUUACCUCUGCGUGACCAAGGAGGAUCUCCCUUACCGCCACCUUGCGAGGAAGUUAGGCAUCAAUGUUCUGCAGCUGGAGCGCUACAAAGAAGCCUUUGAUCGCUACGAUGAGGAUGGCAGCGGAGCCAUCGACAUGGAUGAGUUCGAGAGCUUGCUUCACGACUACCUCAAGGUCCCUCCUGGCCACCAUCUCUCUCCUGAGCGGAUCGCUGUGCUAUGGCGCGAUGCCGAUAGGGAGGGAAAAGGGGAACUGGACUUGGAAGCGUUUUGCCUCUUUUGCAAGCACCGUUUCGAGAAGGGCCCGGACUCGGGCGUCUCCUUCAGCGAUUAUUAUCGGAGCAUCCGCCGGAUUCCCACAGCACCGGCCUUUCAUUGA